CUCCAGCCAGGAUUCUGACCUUCAACGGGACAGUGACCACUCCCUGGAUGAAGGACAUUGUUUUACCGUGCAAGGCUGUUGGAGACCCUCCUCCCACUAUCAAGUGGAUCAAGGGGAACACUAACGGCACUCCCACACUCGUCCUUGUGGAUGGUCGCCGUAGUGUCCAUGGCAACGGCAGCUUCAUCAUCCGCACGGUGAAAGCAGAGGAUUCUGGGAACUACAGCUGCGUUGCCAGCAACAACUGGGGGUCAGACGAGAUCACACUCAACCUGCAGGUCCAAGUGCCUCCUGACCAGCCACGCCUCACUGUUACCAAGACAACCACCACAUCAAUCACGUUGUCAUGGAUACCUGGAGACAACGGAGGAAGCUCCAUCAGAG